AUGACAACUCCAACAAUAAAAACAUGUUGGCCAGAAUUAGUAGGUAAAACAGCUGAUGACGCUGUGCAAUUGAUUAAAGAAGAAUCUGGUCUAUCGAAAAUUCAUGUAUGUGGACCGGGUUCAAGAACUACCCGAGAUAUUGAUGAUGAACGUGUUCGUGUUUAUGUCGAUGAACACAAUAGAGUAACCAGUAAACCGACUAUUGGAUAA